AUGGCCUACAAAACCCCCGAGUUCGAGAAAUUCGUGCUAGAGAAGAUCAAGGAAUUCAACACACCCGGACUAUCUCUUGCCGUUGUGCAAGAAACUCUCUUCGACCUGGCAAGUACUUCCAAAAGCACCACUGCAGGAGCUGUAGCCCUUUUGGUGGACGACGAGCAGUAUCCAGAUGUACAAUGGGACACGCCAGUUUCGAAACUCCUUCCCGACGACUUCGUCCUUCCUGACCCGUAUCUAACAGCGAAUGUUACAAUCGAAGACAUUUUAAGUCAUCGCAGUGGUAUCGCUACCCACGACGAGUCGUACUUCAGCAUUCGAGGAAAACACCCCGACAAUGCGAAAUCCAUGACGCGCAAUCUGCGCAACCUUGAAUUUGUGAAGCCUCUGCGCACCGAGCACAUUUACUGCAACAUCAUGUUCACCGUCGCCACACUCAUCGUCGAGACUGUCAGCGGCAUGUCUUACACGGAAUUCAUACGCACGAAGCUCUGGAAACCUCUCGGUAUGACCAACACGUUCCACGACAUUCCAGACAUCGAAGCGAACAGCGACAAAGAUCGCCGCUCAACAUCGUACCACUGGAACAACGAGACAGAGUCUUACGUAGCUCUUCCACACUACCCUCCCGCUCCCGAGGGUCAUGGCGCGGGCUCCAUAUACAGCAGCGCAGGCGACUACGCGAAAUGGAUUCGCGCGCUGAUCAAGCGCGACCCCAUACUCUCUGAAGACAGCCACAAAGCGCUUGCCACGCCGCGCAGCUUCGACCUCCUAGGCGACGAGAAAUGGGCGAUUCCAUACAAAAGCGAGGAGCUGUACACGUUGGGCCUGUCACUCACAAGUUAUCGCGGACACAAGAUGAUCGACCAUUACGGCUCGGUGCCGGGGUUCAAAGCAGUCAUAAGCUUUCUUCCCAAAUUGGACUGGGGCCUGGUAAUCUUCGGAAAUUCGGAUUCUGCAGUAUAUGUCAAUGAUGUUUUGAAGUACACGUUGCUUGAUGAUGCGAUCGGCGUGCGGCAGGAAGAUCGCAUCGACUGGGGACCAUUCUUCAAGAACUUCCAAGCCAUGGACGACGAAGAGGAUGCGGAGAAGCCCGAGUGGACAAAGGUGGAUAAGGUGGAGCCGCUCGAUAUCGCCCUGGAGAAAAUUGCGGGGAAGUAUCAUAAUGUGGGGUAUAAGGGGCUGGUGCUGGAGAUGAAAGAUGGAAAGCUCACGGCGGACUGCAGCGAUCGAUGCUUUCCGUAUAUAAUCACCUUCCAGCAUCUGACGGACAACACGUUCAUUGCAGAAUCGCAUGGUGUAUGGGAAGGCGCUCUGUACGCGACGAUGCGAAGCGAGAUUCGGGUAGAGGGUGGAAAAGUAGCGGCGGUAGGCGUUGAAAUGGAGAAGGAUGUCAAGGAUGGUCUUAUUUGGUUCGAUCGUGAUGACUGA